AAACCCGGUCAUUUGCUCGGAUGGGGGAAGCCUAGGGCAUUGAACCCCGAGCUCGCUCUCUCUCUCUCUCUCUCUCUCUCUCUCUCCCCUUUUAGAUUUUCCUAAAAAUUUUCAGGCAAAAGAAACCUGUUAAUCGUCUCCUCACUCCCUCUCUCUCUCACGCACACACGGAAAAAAAUACCGAUAGCAGGGUAUGAGAAUAACCCGAUCUCCCAAGACCUCAAUUCCUCUCCAAAUUGAAGCUCCAUCAAUGGCGGUUAGCGUCUAGGUUUCGGAAUGCUUGUAUUACUUGCGGAAAACGAAAGUGCCCGCGGAGGAACCCCAAAAAAAGAAGAAGUAUACAUACUAUAUAUAUUCAUCUCUCUCCCUCUCUGUGUCUACUUUUUCCGACUGUGUGCGAGCAAUGAGCAUUUUGAGGGGCAAAGAGAGAAAGAGAGAGAGAGGGGUUUGAAACUCGAGGAAUUGAGCAACAGUAGAGGAAAUUCGGGGUGACAGACUCCGAAGUAGAAGAGCUGAAACAGUCAGAUCUGUAUGUUUUGUUGUGUAAUUUCGUCUGAAGAAGAAACAAUGGGGUCAGCGGAGCUUUAAAGACCGAGGUUAAAAAGCACAGAUCGGUGACUUGCAGCCAAUUAGUACUUCUUCACACAGUAGCUUUUAUCAUAAACCGCCAGCUUGAAUUUGCAGCUGAAAAAGCUAUACAGAUCUAGAUAAGAGAGAGAGAGAGAGAGAAGAGACUAGAAGAGGAGGAUGAGAGAGACUGACUGAGCAAUUUUUGAAAAAAUAACACUGCAAAAAGCUUAAAACGGAGCCUCCCUCCCUCUGACCCCGAACGUGAUAUAUCGAAGCGGAAAAGAAGCUGUGCUGUGUGCCUUUAUGUAUCAAUACAAAAGCCAAACAACUCCCCUGUAUUAUCAUCAUCAUCAAUGCAAAGGACACCCACCCACACCCCUCACAUGCACACAACUCUCUCUCUCUCUCCAAACCCUAAUUUAGAUUCCACCUAGCUAGCUUCCCCCAUCUCUCUCUCUCUAGAAACCCCACCUCUCUCUCUCUCUCUCUCUCUCUCUCUACGAAUGGGAGGAUAAUAAAAGAAAGGAUACGCGGAAAUGGAAUGAAACCGGUAUGGAGGUGGACAAGGUUCAAACUCAGGGAUGCAAGUUUCCGAGGAUCGGCAACAACGGCAGAGGCAGCGAUUGGGGCAACAGAAUAGGGCAAAAGGGGGAAGAGGUGGAACAGUACCCGGACGAUGAGGACGACGGCGGCGGAGAGGUCAAAAUCGGAGGAGGCGGGAGCGAAAUGGGCGGCGUCGGCAGGCUCUCCAUGUGGCCGUCGUCGCGAAUCGUUAGGGUUUCGAGGGCUUCCGGCGGGAAAGACCGUCACAGCAAGGUCUUGACAUCGAAGGGGCUUCGCGACCGCCGCGUACGCCUCUCGGUCACCACCGCCAUCCAGUUUUACGACCUUCAGGACCGGUUGGGGGUCGAUCAGCCCAGCAAGGCCGUGGAGUGGCUUCUUAAGGCCGCGGCGAAGUCCAUCGACGAGCUUGGCCCGAUAAGCGCUUCGUUUCCCGACACCCCUACUAAGCAGCUGAGUGAUGAAAAAAGGCCCAGGUUAAUGGAUUCUGCUGAGGUGGAACUGGAAUGUGAAUUGAAUCCGAAUUAUCAGCAGCAGCAGCAUGGUUCUUUGUCUAAAUCGGCUUGUAGUAGCAAUUCGGAGACCAGUAAGGGAUCUGGGUUAUCUCUAUCACGGUCUGAGAAUCGGGUAAAAGCACGAGAACGGGCAAGGGAGAGGAGGGCGGAGAAAGAGAAGGAGAAAGGGAGUGAAACCACGACUCGGGUUUCCAAUCGUCCUAAUACGAACCACAUUUCCCAGAGCUCUUUCACUGAGCUUCUCACCGGUGGGAUUAACAACGUGAAUAACAGCAACAGCAGCAGCAACAACAACAACGGUAGUCCGAAUGGAUCGGGUCAACAGUUCCAGAAGACGACAAGGCAUUGGUCUUCGGUGACGGCGGCUCCGAUGGAUUACUUUUCCUCGGGGCUUCUCUCUCCGUCCACCUCCCGACAACAUCACUUAUCUGGGUUUUCAGCACAAAUGGGGGGGAACACGCUGCAGCAACAGUCGAUGACCACGAUUUCGCCCUUCAACCAUCACCACCCGGAGAUGCACCAGCACUUCUCCUUCGUCCCAGACCAGAGUGACUACAACCUCAACUUCACGAUCUCUUCCACCGGCCUUGCUCACGCUGGUUUGAACAGGGGGACCCUUCAGUCCAAUUCACAGCCGUCUUCUCUGUUGCCUCACCUCCAGAGGUUAUCAUCUCCUAUUGACGGAUCAAAUGUACCCUUUUUCGCGGCUCAGAAUGCUGCUCCUAUGGAAAACCAUCAUCAUCAUCAGUUCCCAGAUGGUCUUGACGGCCGCUUGCAACUCUGCUACGGCGAUGGCGGCGGCCGGCAAUCGGACCACAAAGGGAAAGGAAAGAGCUAAUUCCUCGAGUUCCAUCCUCAUCCAGGGAUAUACUGAAGAUGAAGUAGCGGCAACGGCAAGCCAUGUCUCCAGAAAUCCCAGUUAUUGUGGUUCUGAAAAUUCGUUUAUGUUUGCUUUAUCCAUUUUAAUUAAACUCGUUUUAGCUCGGGUCUAUGUAUUGUGGUUGUAUUUAUGUAUCUAUGGAUGCGACGGUGUUCAUGCGAAUUUGCUGACGGGAUGGAUUAGUAAUUUGUUUCAAUUUGGUUAUUUUUCUUCUCCUUGUAUCGCGGAAUUGUCCAUUUCCCAUCCCUCACUGUUUAUGCAAAUGGCCUUAUUGUUUUUA